UCCCCAAGGAUUUACCUGUAUGGUGGUUCCGAAUUCACCUGGGUCUUCUGUUCCCUGUAAGAGUUCUGAAAACCUAUCAGCAAAUGGAGAGCAGAACCCAGAUGAACUGAGGGUGCAAUCUGCACUGUUAUUGUGACAGUGAUAGAAUCUGUACAAUGGAAAAUUGUGGUCUUAGAAAACCUUUCAUUUGAUUUGUGACUUAGUUAUCAGCUUUGAUAACUUGAUGAAAUAGCAUUGUUAUGGGAUCCUAAGUUUUACUGAGAGAGCAUGGAUAAGCACCUGUUAGCUUCUCGGAAGGUCCUGUGGAGGUUCGUUUCUGGAACCUUGGGAAUAAUUUGUCUGUUGCUGAUGACUACUUUGGGAUUUGUAUUGAAAAAUGUAUUUUCUAAGCCAAGUAAUCAGUCAACAUUCCUCCCAGAAGUCACGAUAGAAUUCCAGGAAGGCUCAGACUGCUGUUCUUGUCCAGACAAGUGGAUUGGGUAUCAGUGCAACUGUUACUUCUUUUCUGAUGAAACGAAAACCUGGAGAGAAAGUGGGCGUCUCUGUGGUAUUCAGAACUCCAGUCUACUUAAGCUCCAAAGCGAAGAUGAAUUGAGGUUUAUGAGCUCAAAUCGAGACUUUUACUGGAUUGGACUCUCCUACUGGGAAGAAUACGGUGCGUGGCUGUGGGAGGAUGGUUCUGCCAUCUUCCAGGAUCUAUUUCAAAUGUUUAAAAAUUUGACUCCAAAGAACUGUGUUGUGUAUAGCCCAACCAAACUUGUUGUGAGUGAAAACUGCGAGAAGAGUAACCUUUACAUCUGUAAGAAGCAACUUACUCAAGUACUUCCUGAGACAGCGACAGCGAGCAACAUGGAUCUGUGACGUUAAGAACAGUGCCUGGAUCACGUUACUAACUGGGUAUUUCUGGGAGGUGUACAAUGUUUCCAACGGUGUCUCGUUGUGCAACUUUCAUAUUUUACAAGCCAUGUGGUUUGCUUGAUGGGAUUUGCAUAUCUAUACUCAGAAUUAUGAGAUGUUGAGAUAAAGGAUUUUAUGAAUAUCUAAUGUAUAUGCUGAAUAUUAAAUUCAAUAUAGUCCAAUACAUCUAUCUGUAAAUCAUCUAUGCAUAAAAUGAAAUAACAUAUACUUUAUGCCAGAUAUUGCACAUCAGCAUCCUUUCAGUCCUAGAAAUGCCAUAGUAGAUUGGAAAAUUUCAAUCUCAUCUCUUUUUUUCUGGAAGUAAAUGUUAAGUUGAAGAUUCUUUGUUGAUUGUUUCUGGGUAUCUGUACAUUUAUAUGCUUAAUUUAGAGAUGAAAGUGCCAGAAAUAUGCAAGCAUAUUGUACAUCUGCUCUUGAUACUCUUGUGUUAUUAAGAAUAAUUAAAAGUCUUUAACCAAAUGUUAAUUAACAUGUGAAUGGUUCAAGAUUUUGCCCUGAUGUUGUAAUUUUAUAAUACUCACUUCUUUACUCCUCAAACCUUCUUUGUCUUAUAAAUCCAUUAAUAAGAGUCCCUUUCAUGUGCAUUUACGAUGUUCUUCACUUUAAUAAAUGUCAUGUGUCUAAUUCCA